GCCUGGCCUGGCUGAGGGGAGGCGGCGGGCGGGAGCGAUGGCGGAGGCCGGGCCACAGGCGCCGCCGCCCCCGGGCACCCCAAGCCGGCACGAGAAGAGCUUGGGACUUCUCACCACCAAGUUCGUGUCGCUUCUGCAGGAGGCCAAGGACGGCGUGCUUGACCUCAAGCUGGCAGCUGACACCCUUGCUGUGCGUCAGAAGCGGCGGAUUUACGACAUUACCAACGUGCUGGAAGGUAUCGGGCUGAUCGAGAAAAAAUCCAAGAAUAGCAUCCAGUGGAAGGGUGUGGGGCCUGGCUGCAAUACCCGGGAGAUUGCGGACAAGCUGAUUGAGCUCAAGGCUGAGAUCGAGUUGCUGCAGCAGCGGGAGCAAGAACUGGACAAGCACAAGGUGUGGGUGCAGCAGAGCAUCCGGAAUGUCACAGAGGACGUGCAGAACAGCUGCUUGGCCUACGUGACUCAUGAGGACAUCUGCAGAUGCUUUGCUGGAGAUACCCUUCUGGCCAUCCGGGCCCCGUCGGGCACCAGCCUCGAGGUGCCCAUCCCAGAGGGCCUCAAUGGACAGAAGAAGUACCAGAUUCACCUGAAGAGUGUGAGUGGCCCCAUUGAGGUGCUGCUGGUGAACAAGGAGGCAUGGAGCUCACCGCCUGUGGCAGUGCCUGUGCCGCCACCUGAAGAUCUGCUCCAGAGCCCUCCUGCCGUCUCUACCCCUCCACCUCUGCCCAAGCCUACCCUGGCCCAGCCCCAGGACACCUCACGCCCAAGCAGUCCCCAGCUGACCACCCCCACCCCUGUCCCUGGCAUCACCGAAGCCCAGGGGGUGCCCGGUCCAGCAGCUGAGAUCACAGUGAGCGGUGGCCCUGGACCGGACAGCAAGGACGGUGGGGAGCUCGGCUCCCUGCCCCCAGGUCUGGCAGCCCUGGACACCCGGCCGCUGCAGUCCUCUGCCCUGCUGGAUGGCAGUAGCGGCCCAUCUGGACCCAACCCUUCUACCUCCUUUGAGCCCAUCAAGGCAGACCCCACAGGAGUUCUGGAACUCCCCAGAGAGCUGUCAGAAAUCUUUGAUCCCACACGAGAAUGCAUGAGCUCAGAGCUGCUGGAGGAGCUGAUGUCCUCAGAAGUGUUUGCCCCCCUCCUCCGCCUUUCUCCACCCCCUGGAGACCACGAUUACAUCUACAACCUGGACGAGAGUGAAGGUGUCUGUGACCUCUUCGAUGUGCCUGUUCUCAACCUCUGACUGACAGGGACAUUCCCUGUGUGGCUGGGACACAGACUGUGUGACCUGGGGGCUGCCUGAGGACCUCCCUCACUCUACCCCUACACAGCUUGAGAGCCACAGACUCCUGGCUUCCCCAGGCUUCCCUCACUGCAGUUCCGACCACGACUCCCACUCCUGCCCGAGCACCUGUACCGUGCUAGGAAAGCAGGGGAAAGGGGCUCAGCCCCCUUCACCAUAGAGCCAGAGUGUUUGCCUCUUCUUUUCUGGGGCUUUCCCCCACCUCAUGCCCUCUCAGAGCCCAGGCUCUCUGCCACUCAGUGGCACAGAACUGAAGACCUGCCAUCGUCUGCAUGGGGCAGCUUGUCCAGCCCCACUGCCCUGUUGCAGCCAAUGCCUCCCACUCUGAGGAGGGAAGCCUGGGGUGGAGCCAGACGCUUGCCAGCACCAUCCCUAGCCUCCUUCACUUCUUUCCACCCUGGACCUCUCCCCUGUACACCCCAUCUGCUGGGCCCUUAGCCCAGAGUACCUAUAGGUGGUGUGGAGGGUGGGGUGGGGGGCUGCUAACAGGAAGGAACAGAGAGGUCUUUAGCUAGAAAUCUGGGCGGGUGAGCCCCUGAGGAUUGGCCCAAUCUCCUGCUGCCCUGUAGGCCCCCCCCCCGUUUAUUCAUUUGCCCUCAUUUAGAGCCAUUUGCAGAGAUUUAGAAAGAUUUGCAGUAACGAAUGGAUUCCUAUAUAAAGAUUAUUUUUAUACUUUUUGCAGCAAAAGGAAAUUGUAAUAUUUGUACAGUAUCCAAGUGAAUAAAGACCAUGCCUAAGGCUA